AUGGGGGUGGCAGGCACCGAGCUGCCCGGCGGCAACGUCAGCGCCAACCAGAGCGCCGCCGACCCCACGCUGUCGCGGGACGUGUGGAUGGUGGGCAUGGGGAUCCUCAUGUCGGUGAUCGUGCUGGCCAUCGUCUUCGGCAACGUGCUGGUGAUCACUGCCAUCGCCCGGUUCCAGCGCCUGCAGACUGUCACCAACUGCUUCAUCACCUCGCUGGCCUGCGCUGACCUGGUGAUGGGGCUGGCUGUGGUGCCCUUCGGCGCCAGCCACAUCAUCAUGGAGAUGUGGAAGUUUGGGAACUUCUGGUGUGAGUUCUGGACCUCCUUGGACGUGCUCUGUGUCACGGCCAGCAUUGAGACCCUCUGCGUCAUUGCCGUGGACCGGUACUUCGCCAUCACCUCCCCUUUCAAGUACCAGAGCCUGCUGACCAAGAGCAAGGCACGCGUGGUCAUCCUCGUGGUGUGGGUGGUCUCAGCCCUCACCUCCUUCUUGCCCAUCCAAAUGCACUGGUACCGGGCGGACCGUGAUGAGGCCAUCCUGUGCUACGAGAAGGACACGUGUUGCGACUUCUUCACCAACCAAGCCUAUGCCAUUGCCUCCUCCAUCAUCUCCUUCUAUCUGCCGCUCGUGGUCAUGGUAUUCGUGUACGCCAGGGUCUUCCAGGUGGCCAAGAAGCAGCUGCAGAAGAUAGACAGGAGCGAGGGGAGGUUUCACACCCAGAACAAGGAGCAGGAGCAGAAAGGGGGAGCUGGGCACCGCCGUUCCUCCAAGUUCUUCUUGAAGGAGCACAAGGCCCUCAAGACCCUGGGCAUCAUCAUGGGCACCUUCACGCUGUGCUGGCUGCCCUUCUUCAUCGUCAAUAUCGUGCACGUCAUCCAGGACGACAUCAUACCCAAGUACGUGUACAUCCUCUUGAACUGGCUGGGCUAUGUCAAUUCUGCCUUCAACCCUUUGAUCUACUGCCGGAGCCCGGACUUCAGGUAUGCCUUCCAGGAGCUCCUCUGCCUCCGCAGGUCCGCCCUGAAGAUGUAUGCCAACGGCUACUCAAACAGCAACGGCAAGAGCGACUACAACGAGGAGGACAACUGCUACCCCCUGGCAUCGGAUAAAACCUGCGAGCUGCUCUGCGAAGAGGGUUCCUUCCCUCACCCCGAGGACUUUUUGCACUGCAAAGAGAUCCCUGGGUGUCCAGGAAUGGUUGAGAGCUGAAUGGGCUGACCUCUCUUCCUCACCAUCCUGAGCUCA